AUGGGAGUGGAUUUGAGGAUGAAUCUUUCUUUGUUUUUGAUAAUAGGUGUCUCAUCCUUUUUGUUUCUUCUUGUUUUCCACGUUAUAUACCUUGGCCUUUGCUAUGUUGGUCUUGUUGCUCGUGUGGCAGGAAGGAGGCCUGAGGUCCUGACAAUUCUUCAAAACAGUGCCGUUUUAAGCGUCGCCUGCUGUGUGUUUUAUAGCCAAUGUGGAAAUCAAGCUAUUUUAAGAGAAACAACGUUUGAGAGGACAAAUUCUGGUUGGUUUUCAGUUUGGAAAAAACAAGAACGAAAUCCUUGGCUUGCAAAUUUCUUCCGUGUGAAUGAGUUUAAAGACCAGGUCUGCUCAUCUUGGUUUGCUCCGGUUGGGUCUGCCAGCGAUUAUCCACUUUUGUCUAAGUGGGUUAUUUAUGCAAAGUUAACUUGCCGUGGCUCUUGUGCGGAAUCACCUAAUGAGAUAUCUUCCAUAUACUCGUUAGGGACCACUUUUAUAUGGCUCUACAUUGCCAAUUAUGUGGUGGAUAGAUCAACAAGGUGGGCUCUAACUUACCCUUGGUCGCCAGAAGAGUAUGAGAAGUUGAAGGAAAAGGAAACGAAUCCUGAUUUCUUAGAUAUGGUUCCUUGGUAUUCAGGGACAUCAGCUGACUUGUUUAAGGCACUGUUUGACCUACUGGUAUCAGUCACUGUGUUCGUUGGACGUUUUGACAUGCGUAUGAUGCAGGCAGCAAUGAGUAGGGUUCAAGACGAAGUCAAAGAGGAUGAUCUUUUGUAUGAUAUAUUCAGUAAGAGUAAUGAGGAUGAUCUGUGGUUUGACUUUAUGGCUGAUACUGGUGACGGUGGAAAUUCUUCUUAUACUGUGGCACGACUUCUUGCUCAACCUUCAAUUCGGGUCCGUAGCGGUAGUGGUGACUCUAUGCUUAAGCUACUACGUGGAAAACUGCUCCUUAUUGGGGGUGAUCUUGCGUAA